UUUCUUCCUCUCAAUGGGCGGUAUUUGCUCUCCUUCGUCUUCUCUUCUUCCACGAGAGAAAGCGAAACACAAAUCGUUCUUGGUUCGUAAAAAAUGAAUGACAUGAAGCAUUGGGGCCAUGAAAGAACGUAGGAAGCGCAAGGGCGUCGUUUCAUGGAACGCGCUCUUCUGGUGUACACUACUCCUCGUCGUCUCUUCCAUCUUCUUCACCACCACCUUCUUCUUUUCCCCCUUCCAGCUCCCGCUCUCACCGCUCCCGUUUAUAUCGGUAACUCCGACCACCAUCUCUCAACCGACAAUCACCAUCCGAGAAACCGUCAUCUUACCCGACCAGGCUCUCAUUUUCCUAAACUACCCUCCGUCUUUCCGCUUCCACACCAAACACGACCUUCUCUGCCUCUACUUCUCGGCCGACUCAACCAACAGGAUCACUCAGCCGCCCAUUCAACUCCACUUCGAACGGCUCCGCGAGCAGAUCGUGCGGUGCAAGCUCCCUCCGCGUGGCAACUCGGUCUCGCUUUUCAUUAAAUCAGACGGCGUCCUUCCCACAAAAGAUUCAUCCACUCACCCCUGGACCCCUCUGGUCUACGAAGCCCUCUUCGACCGCGACAACACAACCAUCGUCUUCGUCAAGGGCCUCAAUCUCCGACCCGAGAAAUUCAUCGAACCCUCCACUUUAAACUGUAUCUUCGGCUGGGAUUUCACCAAACCCAAAUUCUUUUUCAAGUCUGACGUCAUAUCAGGUGCACAGGAGAUCAUAAGGUGCAAAACACCCAAAAGCAUCAUAAUCGGCCAGGAACAAUCCCAGUCCAUUAAAGUGACAAUCAAGGAGAAAGACAGAGAAAUAUUUCCUUCCAUAGCUCGUCCCGGGCUCUGUCCACUACACAGUAAGUCGACGAAAAAAGCUCAUGAGAUUUGUAUUUGUACCAUGCUCCGCAACCAAGCUCGGUUCUUGAGAGAGUGGGUAAUGUACCACGCCAAAAUCGGAGUCCAACGUUGGUUUAUCUACGACAACAACAGCGAUGAUGAUAUAGAAGACGUGAUUUCUUUCUUACAAAGAGUUGGUUACAACAUCUCACAACACCUGUGGCCUUGGGUGAAGACACAAGAAGCUGGGUUUGCGCACUGUGCCCUGCGAGCCCGUUCCUCGUGCAAGUGGGUGGCCUUUAUCGACGUGGAUGAGUUCUUCCAUAUAAGGGUGAACGGUGACUUGUCCCGUAUGAUUUGGCACCAUGCGAAGCCCGGAUACAAAGUUGGUGAGAUUAGGAUACUGUGCUUCAGUUUUGGGCCUUCUGGGCAGCGAGAAGUACCACGAGAAGGCGUGGCGGUAGGUUACACUUGUCGAUUGAGUGGAAGUGAGAGGCACAAGAGCAUAGUGAGACCUGAGGCACUAAACCAGACUUUAAUCAAUGUCGUUCACCACUUUCAUCUGAGAGCGCCAUUUGUGUCUGUGGACGCCGAGAAAAGAAAGAUUGUAAUUAACCAUUACAAGUAUCAAGUCUGGGAAGUGUUCAAGGAGAAGUUCUUCAGGAGGGUGGCAACUUACGUCGUAGAUUGGCAGCAAGCGGAAAAUGUCAGGUCUAAGGAUAGGGCACCCGGUUUAGGGACUAAACCGGUUGAACCUCCUGACUGGCCCAACCGGUUUUGUGAGGUUAGGGAUAACGGCUUGAGGAAUUGGGUGCUAAAGAAUUUCUUGGAUCGACGCAGCCAUCUUCUGCCUUGGCAACCUGAGUUUCAGAUUCGUAUUAGAAAGAGGCGAAGACGAAAGGACAAAACACAACCAUUUUUCUAG